GGGGACAGACCAGAUACAGUCGCCAAGAUGUGUGACAUGGGAGGUUUGGAUAACCUGGUGGCCAACACGGCCUACCUGAAAGCCCAAAGUGGGGACGACAAGGAGAUGAAAAAGCGUCGCCGCAGUUUGGCUCUCCCUAAAGCGGAUCAAUGUGUUUCCCUCAGAGGCUCCAUUGAAAAGGACUUUUCAUUGCUUUGUGAAAGGCAGCCAAUAGGGAAAAAGUUAUUCCGUGAAUUCUUGUCAAGUAACCCAGAGUUUAUGCUUGCUGCUGAGUUCCUGGAUGAGUUGCAAGACUGGGAUCUGGCUGAAAGUGCAAACAAAGACAAGGCUCGGCAAAACAUCAUGAACAAGUACUGCAAAGCUGACUCAAAGUCCUUCCUUACUUUUCUUACCGGGGAAGCUGCUGAAAAAUGCAAGUCUGUCACAGAUGCCAACUUUGAGGAAGUGAUGAAAAACAAAGUCCAGGAAGGUGUAAGAGAAUUUUUGAAGGGCAAACCGUUUACAGACUACCAGAGUAGCCUGUUCUUUGACAAGUUCCUGCAAUGGAAAGAGUACGAGAAACAGCCCAUCACCGAAAAAUACUUCUACGAGUUCAGAACUCUGGGGAAAGGAGGCUUUGGAGAGGUUUGUGCAGUGCAGGUGAAGAACACAGGCCAGAUGUACGCCUGUAAGAAGUUGUGUAAAAAGCGGCUGAAGAAGAAGGGUGGUGAGAAGAUGGCCUUGUUGGAGAAGCAGAUCUUGGAGAAAGUUAACAGCUUGUUCCUGGUCAACUUGGCCUAUGCUUUUGACACCAAGUCCCACUUGUGCCUUGUCAUGACCUUGAUGAAUGGGGGAGACCUCAAGUACCAUAUUUACAACAUGGGCUACGAUGGUAAAGGCGUGAACAAAGGAAUCGAGAUGAAACGCAUCGUUCACUACACGGCGCAGAUUGCCACCGGCCUCCAGCAUCUGCACGCCAUGGAUAUUAUAUAUCGUGACAUGAAACCCGAGAAUGUGUUGCUGGAUAGCCAGGGCCAGUGCCGACUUUCAGAUCUGGGUCUGGCCAUACAGAUCACUCCAGGGAAGACCGUCACCCAAAUGGCUGGUACAGGAGCAUACAUGGCCCCUGAGCUCCUGUCCAAAACACCAUACCGGACAUCAGUGGACUGGUGGGCCUUGGGCUGCAGUAUCUAUGAGAUGGUGGCUGGAUACACACCGUUCAAAGGACCUGAGAACAAAAAGGAGAAGGUGGAGAAAGAAGAAGUGCAGCGCCGGAUUCUCAACGAAGAACCAAAGUGGGAACACAAGUGCUUCGAUGAUACCACCAAGGAUAUCAUCCAACAGUUCCUCAAGAAAAAAAUGGACGAGCGCCUGGGCAUAAAGAACAACAUGGAGGAUCCGAGGAAGCAUGCUUGGUUUAAGAACAUCAACUUUCCUCGUCUAGAGGCAGGGCUUGUGGAUCCUCCCUGGGUCCCCAAACCCAAUGUGGUCUACGCCAAGGACACUGGUGACAUUGCAGAGUUCUCAGAUGUCAAGGGCAUCACGUUUGAUGAAAAGGACAAUAAAUUCUUUAAGGAGUUCAACACUGGAGCUGUGCCAAUCCAAUGGCAGCAAGAGAUGAUUGAUACAGGACUGUUUGAUGAGCUCAAUGACCCCAACAGGAAAGAAGGGGGUAUGGAUGACGAUAAGAAGUCUGGCACGUGUAUAAUGCUGUGAUCUGGCACAAGUUCACCAUGUAAUACCUAAUCAAACUCAAUUAUUUGUUUUCUUUGUCUCAAGCGCAAUGACAUUUAUGUACAAAAUAAAGUUCAUGUUUCAGGAGAUGCGAGCACAAGCGACGUUUUUGGAACAGACGUACCAUCUCUCCUUUGUAAGGAUG